AUGGCUCACGUUCAUCCCCUGUCGUGUUCCUGCACAAAGUCAGAACUGGAUCUUUUCGAAGUGCCACCCACUCAGACCAGCAUUGUGGACGGUCGAUGGAUAGAGUAUCAUCCAGUGGCCAGUCUUGCCGAGUCGUCUCCGAUAGAAUUCGACAUUCCCGGAGCAGGAGAGGAAUUUACGGACCUAAGCCAGACUCAGCUGUACGUGAGAGCCAAAAUCGUUCGACCCAACGGUGCCGACCUACCAGGAGACGCGAAGGUGGGACCCGUCAAUCUGUGGCUUCAUUCGUUGUUUCAACAAGUAGACGUCUCUCUUGGAGGAAAGCUGAUAACCGACGCAACGAACUGUUACCCCUAUCGCGCCUACCUGGAAACCCUGCUGAACUUUGGUUCUGAAGCAAAACAGACACAACUGACCUCUUCCCUGUUCUAUCAAGACACGCCAGGAAAGCUUCACCUGGUCGAUCCUUACCCAGCAGGCGACAAUCCAGAAGUGAACGAGGGGUUAGUCAAGCGUGCCAACAUGAUCCGUGAGAGUCGUGAGCUGGACCUCGUGGGGCCGCUGCACGUUGACCUCUUCUUUCAAGAUCGUUACUUGCUCAGUAAAGUCGACGUUAAAAUCAAGUUACAUCGAGCGAAACACAAGUUCAGUCUGAUGUCGCAGGGGGGAGAGCAGUACAAAGUCGUCAUCACCGAGGCUUCCGUGUUUCUCAGGAAGGUCAAUCUGCUACCCACCUACCAGCUGUCCAUCGAAAGUCGACUCAACAAGGAGACGGCCAAGUACCCUCUCAGGAGGAUUAAAGUGAAGCCAUUCACCAUCUCGCAGGGAAACCACACGGUGUCCAACGACAACCUGUUCCUGGGUCAGGUUCCCAAGCGCGUCGUCAUUGCCCUGGUGGACAAUGCAGCCUUUCAAGGUUCGUACGGAACCAAUCCCUACAACUUCCAACACUUCAAUCUGAAUCACAUCAGUCUCUGUGUCGACGGACGGGAGGUUCCUCACAAGGCGCUGACACCCGAGCAGCGGGCAGUACAUCCAAAGUUACAUGAACCUGUUUGGACCGACGGGAAAACUGGGCCAGGACUGCGGUAA